AUGCGGGCCGUGCUCUGGGACCUGCUGCUGCUGCUGUGGCUCUGCGCCCGCGCCCGCGGCGACUGUCGCGGCGACUGCCUGCACUGCGACCGCCAGCUCUACCGCGACAGCUUCGACGUCCUCCACGACGAGCCGGAGGAGGAGGAGGAGGAGGAGGAGGACAUUUCGCGGCGGCCGGGAGCGGGCCGGGCGGCCAAGGGGGUGCAGAAGAGGUACGGGGGCUUCAUCGGGGUGCGCAAGUCGGCGCGGAAGUGGAACAACCAGAAGAGGUUUAGCGAGUUCCUGAAGCAGUACCUGGGCAUGGCGCCGCGCUCCACGUUCCGGCACCGCCUCCCGGCCCGGCCGAGGCCAAACUAAAUCCCGGCUCCGCCUCCGGCGCGGCCCGAGCGCUCCCGGCGGGGCCCGAAGCGCUUCGGCUCCCGAGCUCCGAGGCCGCUCCUCGCCCUCCCGAGCGCUCCCGAACGUUCCCGAUGCCUCCCGAGAGCUCACCCGAGCGCUCCCGAGCGUUCCACCGACGCCUCCCGAGCGAUCCCGAACGUUCCCGAUGCCUCCCGAGAGCUCACCCGAGCGCUCCCGAGCGUUCCACCGACGCCUCCCGAGCGAUCCCGAACGUUCCCGACGCCUCCCGAGUGCUCCCCCGAGCGCUCCCGAACAUUCCCGAAGCCUCCCGAGUGCUCCACCGAGAGCUCCCGAUGUUUCCUGAGGGCUCCCCUGAUGCCUCCCGAGCGUUCCCCCGACAGUUCCCGAGGGCUCCCCCGCCACUUCCCGCCGGCUACCGACGUUUCCUGAGGGCUCCCCCGCCGGUUUCCGACAGCUCCCGCGGGCUCUCCCGCCGGUUCCCGAGGGCUCCCGACGGCUCCUCCGAGGUCUCCCGACGGUUCCCACCGGUUCCUGAGGGCUCUCCCGAUGGCUCCCACGACAGCUCUCGAGGGCUCUGCCGCCGGUUCCCGCGGGCUCCCCCGCCGGUUCCUGCCGGCUCCUGAGGGCUCUCCCGCCGGU